AUGUAUGGAGAUAUCCAAGUAAGUAAUAUGAAUACAUCUAAUCACAAAACUACUUAUUAUGCUGCAUAUAUCAUUACAGGUCCAACAGAAACAGGAAUUAUUAAUUUCACAACAGCAUCAAAUUCAUCAUCUACAGAAGUUGGUUCACUAUUCAAUAAUGAUUGUAAUAUUACAAAAUGUAAUUAUUUAAACAAUGAAUUUACAGGAAAUUAUUAUUCAAUAAUUUAUUGUUCUGAUCAUUCAACUACAUUUUUAAGUUGUUCAUUCAUAGGAAAUAAAGGAAACUAUUUAUUUUAUCCAAGACCAAAUAUUGUUGAUAAUUGUUACUUUAAUGAAAACAAUGUAACUCAAACUGUAAAUGGUGAUCCAAUUAGAUAUGAAUUAAUUCAACCAUUAGAUUCAUUUAUAUCUCAUUAUUCGACGUAUUAUUGUCCUGCUGCAAAUUUAGGAAAAAAUAAAAAAGAUUCACGUAAAAAAUUUAAAGAAGAUGAAUUAGAUUUGAAAGACAUCAAAAUUAUUAUUAACAAAGUUUAUAAAACUUCAUUUGUUGAAGCAGUAAAUUUCUCUAGUUUAACAUAA